UACUAUUACAUUACUUUACCCACCCAAAACCCCUAUUUUGCCUCGCAUAGCUCGGGCUUGGUCCCGUUUAGUUACUUAAGUAUAGUUAAGUUAAGUUAUGUUAGUUAAGUUAAUUUGGUCGGGUAAAGUAGACUUUUACCAUAUUAUUUUUACCUUACACCACUUUACGAAUACUAAUUUAUGCUAGUGUGGAGAUGAUAUAUUGCUUCAUAAUUGGCUGUCAGAAUGGGAAAAAAAAGAUUUGUGCCAAGCGUGCAAAUGACAACCCGAAAAAAGUAGUUUUUUUUCAACCACCAAAAGAUGAGGUAUUGAGGAACGUAUGGGUAAAGAAUAUCCCAAACAAUGGAAAGGAGUUAAAGAUUUCAUCAUAUGUGUGUGAUGAGCACUUUCUAGACCAUGAUAUCAACAAAUAUUCUGAAACAGUUAUUAAUGGUUCAAUCCAUCGAGUUGAAUGGAAAAGGUGGAAAUUGAAAAGUGGAGCUUUUCCACAAAUCUUUCCAGUGUCAACCGAAGAGAAUCCAGUGAAAAAGAGAAAACCACCUCUCGCAAGAAAACCAAUUGGUAACAUAAGCAAUUAUCAUGGACAUUUCCCUUCUCAAAUUACACGUGCUGUUAAAAAAGUAAAAGCUAAUGCUGUUACUAAGACUAAAGUUUGCAAUACACAAACAAAAGAUACACCUACAGAAGGUCCUGUUACAGUUUAUGAAGACAUAAAUAAUGAAGUCAUUGAGGUUGCAGCUUUGUGUAAUGUCACAGGUAAUAUGUCAGUUCUAGAGGCUGUCAAGGAAAAUGAAAACUCAACAUUUUCACCUAAUGACAUUCGAAAUAUCAAGCUACCCUCAACAACUUGGAGAAUUGGAUCCCUAGAAGACGGAUUGCUUAAUUUCUUUAACAUUGAAGAAAAAAAACAAAGUGUUGCAAUUCAAAAAUUGCUUUCCGUUGAUUUCAAUAGACGCUGUUACACCAAAACAAUCAUAAAUCGAGAGCUUACAGAUAUUGAAGAGAAUACCAACACUUUUACAUCACUAGCACAAAUUGAAGAAGUUUUGUUAAAUCUUCACAAUGCAAGAAUAUGUCCUGGCAUCGUCCACGAUCCUUUAAAAUACCCAACUACAGAAAACUUGGUUCGAAAUGGUCAGCUGCUGCAUGGAAUUUGGAGAUCGAAUAAAUGCAGCCUCCUAAUUUCUGAAUGUGGCAAGAUGACGCACUGCAAAUUCUGCAAGAUGUUGAAGAAAGCUUUACAAAUGCAGUUUAACAGACACAAGAAAAUUAAACUGCACACCAAAAUCAACCACACAUUUUUGAGCAUGAAACAACUAUCCCGAAAAAUCGUUGCAAAGGCCAAACGUGAAGCCCAACUUAAGUUUCAAUUAAAGAAGAAAAAAGAAGAAAAUAUGAAACUGAAAGCUGAACUAAAAGACAUGCGCUUGAAAUUAGCAAAAGUUAAAUAUGAACAGAUAGACAUAGACAAAUUAAGCGACAAGGUAAUAUUUUUUAAUGUUUGUCCCCUUACAAUUAAUUAUGAAAUGAUAUUCGACCUGUGUGACUACUGACUAGUAAAAAGCCCAUUUUUGAUUGACACCUCUUUAUUCAAUUGCGCACGUUAUUUACAUUGUGACUCUUACCUUAUUGUCAUAAAACUUGAGGUUUACCUAUCGAUGAUGUAACCACAUUUUUUGAUGACAUUUUGGCUGAAUCCGAUUGAUUUGACGAUUGUAAUAAAUAUUCCAAUAACGUUUAACAACAUUAAAUUGAUUCACCGUGUUUACCUGUCAAUUGGUUGCUAAUAAUAAUUUGAUCCAUUAGGAAAAAUUGGUCGUGAGAACAUUAAUCGCAAAGUCAAGGAGUGUAGAUAAGAAUAAGAAGGAAUGGGAGCUAUCGUUUGCCAUAAAAUUCAUAAUGAUGGCACCUUUCGUUUGGAUACAAUAAAUUAUUCAAUUUUGCCAACUUUGGAGGAGGAGGGGGGAUGACGUAGAUACACACCCAACUUUUCGUACACCGUUCGGAUAAUUUUCUUCACUUAAACUAAUAUACAAUGUAUUUUUCGUGAUCCUCUUAUCACGAGGAACACGACGACACUUAGAAAAACGUCAUUAAACAUAGUUUUAGAUUAGGAAUCAGCAAAUAUGUAUGAACCAAUCGUGAAAGAGCACGACAGCGGCCAUCAUUUUUUGGCGCCAGUUAAAAUUUCGUCUUUUUCCAUUGAAAACUAAACGUAAAUCACUUAACUAUUAUUGAUUAUUAAUAAUUUCUAAUUCAAUAUAAAUAAAUAACACUAAAUGGCAUUAUUUCAGUAAUUAUCAGUUCAGUCAUUCAGUUCUUCAAAUUUCUUGUUGCUAAUCAUGCAAAACUUAAAUAUUAAUUAAUACACGUAAAACUGUUGUACUGCAAAUCUGUUUUAUUGCCUUAAGCUCUUCCGAUAAAAGCAUUUUAAUCCAAAAGAAAACCAACUGUUGGAUAAAACAACAAUUCAAUCAAUAUUAAUUAAGUAGUUUUAAGUGGUUAAUGAAAAUUAAGAAUUAGGCACAUGUAUAAAUAAGGUAAACAAUCCGUAAACGGAAACAAAUCCUGUAAACAUUGUAAUACUUGUAAUACUAAUUUUACACUGAAAAUUGAAAUACAAUCCGUGAACGGAAAUUCAACAUUCAAACUCUGAAAAAAGGAAACAUGACUUUAUACUUCCGUGAAUGGAUUCAAAUCUGAGCGCCUUCGAACUAUUAUACUCACAUGUACGGAGGAAAGGUGGCGCGAUUACUUGCCCAUCAGUGAAGGGAAACGAAUCCGUUGGUCACCACUCGCGGCAUCCAUUUUCAUGGAAUAACGUACUUGGAUCAGAAUCCGUUCACGGGUGAAGACUGUGUUGCAAAACUACUGAAUUCUGAGCGAUUCUGAGAUACAAUCAGAGCAGACGUCCUACUUCAUAGUACACUGUUGGAGAUCUUUGACAUUUACUUAUACACACCAUGAUGUCGGAUUGAAAUGUAAUUUACCUGGACGAGCUUUCACGUUAGUUGGAACCAUUGUUGUAAACAUAGUGAAGAUCCAUACGUUAGACUGCGACUUUUUCCUGCGCGACAAAGAUAGGUCGUGUAAUUUUUGCAGAUGGAAUCUAGAAUAACGUACGACUCUUCACAACGUUGGGUAUCUCCAGAGGAUGCUCUUGAUGAUUUAAAUGAUAUCUGCAACUUUGGGGAAAAUGACAAGCCUUUCCAGAGCACUGAAUGCUUCCAAGUUUGGGGUCGAGGGCGACCAAGACUACCUGUCAACCAAAUCAUUUUACCUAAAGGGAUGGUACUGCAGACUGAUUUUCCAAGCGAGAGGCCAGCCAGAGGCAAAGGCCGAGGACAUUUGUUACUUCAAAAUUCGUCUACUAAAAAUGGUUCCAAAUCCAAUUCUGUUCAUGUAAAUAAUGUUUUAAAAGACACAGAAAAAUCACAGAAACGCAAAAGCAAACAGAGUAUUGUCAACACCAGACCAAAUAUGACUCUCAAAGAUCUUGAAGACAAGUAUAACAAAGCCAAACAUUUGGAGACCAGGAAAACCAUGUACGACUUGAAUUGUGAUUUUCCACCAUUGCCACCAACAGUUUUGUAUGACAAGUAAAUGUAUGACUUUCAAUAGAAUUCUGCUUGCA